ACCUCCGGACUAGCAACGACGUCGCCAGUGUCUAGUGACUUGUGAUUGUGUCCACGAUGCGAGCAGUAGCAGCGUUUGUGCUCGUCACCGUAUUAUCUUUGUCCAUUGCCGAGGAGACAACCAGCAAAGAUAAAUAUGAGGACCAGCAGAACAUCAUUGAGACUAAACCUUCCGCUCGCUUAGAUCCUUACAUUAGAAAGGCGCUUCUGAAAGCCCUCAGUGACCUAGAAGAAAAUGCAAGCGUCACGACUGAUCUGGAUUCAUCCGACGAGACUACCAAUGAUGGCUCCAACACUGACUCCUACGCAACGGAAACUGGCAAAGAAAAUAUCAAAAUCCAUUCAUUCAUCGUAAAUGGUCAAGAAGCAUUCGCUCAGGGUUCGAACACAUCACCAUUCAAGGUGGAUAAGAAAAUUUCUAUUCUGAGUUCAACAGCGGGUAACGUGGAGAACGUGAAUGGUGAUUCAACCCUACCAACAAAGGAUCCUUUCACAGAAAUCCUGCAAGCGAGAGAAACUGCAGCCAGCUCACAGCAAGUGAGAAGUAUUCAGAGCACACCAAAAUCGUCCACUAGUUUUAUCAAAGGAAACCACAAGUAUUCGAAUUUUAAACCCUUCAGAACAUCAACGACAACUUCUACCACUACCACUACAACGACAACAACGACAACCCCAAAACCGACGCAUAACGAUGAUGGAGAGAAUAUCGAGGAGGUAGAUAAGAAAGACGUGCAAGUUUAUCAGGCUCCGCUAGUUGCAGCUUUCACAGUCCAACAAGAUGCUAAUGGCGUCCCGAAAAAUGUUUUUCCUAUCUACCAACAGAUCAACAACAACCAAGAUCUGAAACUGGCUGGCUCCUCGAAUUUCCUCACUAAUAACCCUAACAAGGGGCAAAAUGAUUACAUUUCUCUACAGUUGAGUCUCCAGAGAGAACUAGAAGAAAAACAGCGUAUUCUAGAAGAGCAACUAAAACUGUUGCAGUUCCACCAGAGACAGCAGGAGCAGAUAUUGAGACAGCAACAAUUGCUGAUACAACAGAAAGACGCUCAGAGGCAGCAACAAUUGUUGUUAGAACAAGAAAAGCUAAACCGACUCCAACUUGAACAACAAAGGAACAAUGCGAACUUGAAUAACUUUCAGCCGCCCGUUCUAAACAAACCAGUGCCGAAUAUUCCCAUUCCCACAAACAAUCCAUUGCCCUUAAGUUCCCAAGUUUCAAUUCAAAAGAGCGUCACCUUGGAUCAAAGUAAUAUCAUUGCGAAUCAGCAGCAAUUGCCCAAUAGAGAAGCUGUAGACUUUCUGUUACAUUUACGGAAUCAACAACAAAAUCAAUUUCCAUUACAACAAAAUCAUCUUCCACAGGGAAUAGAUACGUUCCUUCGACCGAAACCAACUGUAGCCUUCAACCAGGCUACAAACCUAAACCAGUUGACAGCUUUCGACGACUUACCACAGAGACAGAGCAAUCGCGUCUUCCGUCAGGAGAGCGGCGUGGGAAACUUCGGAAACUUCCAGAACAACAAUUUUAAUCCUAACAACGUGAACAACAAUUUUAACCCUAACAACGUGAACAACAACAGAUUCAACAAUUUUAACCCUAACAACGUGAACAACAACAGAUUUUUUCCUGGAAACAGACCCAACCAGUUCAAUUCUGACUACGAACUGAAACAGUUGUUGGCACAGAGAGGCAUUCACGGGAGAGCACAGGAAGAUUUGAACAUCGUGUCCAAAGUUCUAUCCUUAAACCACGGGGUUCCAGUCAACAGGCCGUUCGAUAGCAGAAGACACAUCAGAAGUAUCUUAUGAAGUGACUUGUAUAUUGUACCAGAAAUGAAAUAGUCAACUAUACGAUAGGAGUACCUGCAAAAGUACUAAUUUUAAAUAUGAAACAGUUUACUUUAUAUUGUAAGUUAAUAACAUAUGUACCUACAUGUUUUCUAGCUUGUUUUAUGUGUUACUAUAUUAUCAUAAUCAAAACAUGAUUUUCGCCCAAACAAUCAUCAUUACAAUAUUGUUUAGUUAUAAUACGACCACAGGUACAAACUUUGUAUCAGCCAUCUUUAGUAUAUAAUAGAGCUUGUGAGAAAUUUUCUUGAACAUUAAUACAGUAAUUUGUACCGAUUUCAUCUUCACAAUAAUGAGGUGGAUUUAAUCACGUUCUUGAAAGUUAUAGAUGUACAUUCAAACAUUCAAGAUGCCCGUUAAUAUUAAAAUUAAGUACUUAAAAGUCGAACAAUAAUCAUUUAAAAAUUGUUAUAUUUUGGAUACUUGCAGUAUACUGUAUGACGAAUAUAGGUCACUAUACUCCAAUCGGGCUAACUUAUCGCUAGCGGUCAUUGACUCCCUGUCAAAAA